AAUUCCGCAGUUUUACCCCAAUUUUAGCUUAGCGACCGGCCACAACGAAUUUCCUCAAUUGAUUUUCUAGAGUUUGGCACUUGGUGAUUUUUUUUCCCCGUUCAAGACAGCAUCAACUUCAGGUACGUGAAUUCCCCCGCGCCUAAUGCAAUUCUCAAUCAUUUGCGUCCCUUCUUGUUUAUUCCGUUAAUUUCGCAUCUGCUGGAGCUCAGACUUUUCACAACUUGCUCACGCAUUCUUCCAAUCUACAGGUCCAUUUCUCCCCCCGCCAUAUCCUCACCUGAACCGUCAAGAUGCGAUACAUUCACAGCCAAGAGACCUUGGAGAUUCCCGAGGGAGUCAAGGUCCACAUCAAGUCUCGCAACGUCACUGUCGAGGGUCCCCGAGGCAAGCUAUCCAAGGACCUGAGCCACAUCGCUGUCAACUUUUCGCGGCCGAAGAAGAAUGUUAUUGGCAUUGAGAUUCACCACGGAUCGCGAAAGGAUGUCGCUACCCUCCGAACUGUCCGAACCCUCAUCAACAACCUGGUCGUCGGUGUCACCAAGGGCUUUAAGUACAAGAUGCGUUACGUCUACGCCCAUUUCCCCAUCAACGUCAACGUAGAGAAGAACGGCGAGACUGGCAACUUUGAGGUCGAGAUCCGAAACUUCAUCGGUGAGAAGCUCGUCCGAAGAGUCGUCAUGCAGCCCGGCGUCGAUGUUCAGAUCUCCACAACCCAGAAGGAUGAGCUACUCCUCCUAGGCAACUCCCUCGAGGACGUCUCCCAAAGUGCCGCCGACAUCCAACAGAUCUGCCGGGUCCGAAACAAGGAUAUUCGAAAGUUCUUGGACGGCAUGUACGUUUCCGAGAAGGGCAACAUCGCGGACGACAACUAAAUGGGGGGAUGGACACAAUGAUUUGUUUGCUUUCUGGGUCUCAAUACGGAGUCGCAGGGGUUCAUGUGCAUCACGUAGCAAAAUAGCUACGAAAAACGGAACCGAAUACUAAGAAUUCUGAGCAAAUGCUCUUCUUCUAUGAUCCUCCUCUGAAUUGUGAGUUGGAAGCUGUGAUACCCUUUGGAAUAUCCAUGGCAAGUUAUUAUGGACCACGUGAAAAAUAUCCGAAGUGGAUAGUAAGUACAUCUAGUCUACCUACAAGUUAUGAGCAUUACGAGCUUAUGGGUUGCUCUCACCCAAAGCUGGGAAGUCCCUAUUAUACUAUACGUAGUCAACAUCUGUUACAUGAGUAUUUCGACGAGACCUAGUGGCAUCAAUAGUAUCUAAUAACAUUCCAUUGGUAGCUUGCUCUCCUUCGUCC